UCACUGUUCUCGAUGAUGGCGAUGCGAUCAGCGCGUGAUUUAAUACCCGCACGUGCAAUAUCGCGACGUAUAUCGCGGUCGGGUGUAACCGUGCUGGCCUCUGUGGCGUCCGAGUCAGAUUCCGAAUCGGAGCAAGAGCAAGCUGACAGCACUAUUUGCGUUUUGUGGCAUGAGGGCUACGAGUUUCAACCUCAAGGAGCGGCAAUCUUUGUGGACAUAAGUCGCUCCACCUUAAAAGGGAGUUUCGAGCGUGACGUCAUCGAUUCGCAAGCCAAACAGGGCUACCUGAACACUAAUAAUUUACCGUUUGACGAUCUACUUCUGAAACUUACACUAUCUAUUGAGAUAUCGCACUGUGAGAGCUUUAUAGUUUUCGGCUCGGAUAUUGAGGAGUUCGUGACGGCAUUCGAAAGGGCAUCCAUGUACUCGAUUUGGCGUUCAAUAUACAACCGCUUUGUGUUUGCUCAUGAGGCGGGCGAGCUAGAGGAGACCUGCUGCAAGCAUCUAUUUUUCCAGGAUCAACCCAGCAUAUUGUUUGUUGAGCGCAACCAGAUAAAUGGUAGUACCUUCGAGCUGAAAACCAACAAGUAUGUGGGUGCACGAAAGGAUCAGGCGCAACUCCUUUUGCUGGAUCGCUACGAUGCGUUGCAGCAGAGAUUCGAAUACGACAGCAAUCUUUUUCCCGACAAGCUGCGAGAUCUCGAGGGGCGUACGUUAACCAUUGCUUGCUUUGACUACAGACCCUAUGUGGUCUUGAAAUAUAACACCACAAGCAACUCGCGAGAUGUGGGCGUGUCCCCAAAUCAGGACGUUUAUAUCGAUGGUGCAGAGAUGCGCCUGGUGAUGAGCUUCUGCGAACAGUUCAACUGCACCGUUCAGAUCGACACCUCCGACCCGAGCAAGGACUGGGGUACCAUUCUUCCCAACAUGACCGGAGUUGGUUGUAUUGGCAUGGUGUUUGACCAUAAGGCGGACUUAGCCGUUGGUGCCUUUUACUCCUGGUACAACGAUUACAUCUAUAUUGAUAUGUCCAUGUAUUUGGUGCGUGCGGGCGUUACUUGCCUGGUGCCGGCGCCGAAGCGCAUGGUCAGCUGGUUUCUGCCGUUAGAGCCUUUUCAGGCAACACUGUGGGCCGCCGUGCUUUUGUGCCUGGGUGUUGAGAUGCUGGGACUGGGGGUCGCUCACAAAAGCGAGCGAUUGCUCUUCUCUGAAGCUAAGGAUGACGGCUGGUUGGCCAGCAUCAAAUACGGAUUGAUCAUCACGUUUAAGCUGUUUCUCUCGCAGUCGGGGGACAGCCAUGCCCUAUCUUUUACGGUGCGCGUACUACUCUUUGCCUGCUUCCUCAACGAUCUCAUUAUCACGAGCAUCUACGGUGGUGGCUUGGCCAGCAUUCUCACCAUACCCAGCAUGGAGGAGGCAAUCGAUACGGUGGACCGCCUGCGUACGCAUCGAUUACCUUUUGCCGCCAGUUCCGAGGCUUGGGUGGAGUCCCUACGUGGCUCGGACGAUGUAAGUAUACAGGAACUUUUGGAGAACUUCCACAUCUUUGACAAUGAGCAUCUAAUCCAGUUGGCGACUGAGGCGCGCACGGGAUUUACUGUAGAGCGUAUGACCUUUGGUCAUUUUGCCUUUAGCGAUUUCCUCACCCCAGAGGCCUUCGAGCAGAUGAAGAUCAUGCACGAAGACUUGUAUUUCCAGUACUCGGUGGCCUUUGUGCCGCGUCUCUGGCCAAUGCUUGAGCGCUUUAAUGCUUUAAUCUAUCGCUGGCACUCUUCAGGCUUUAGCAAGUACUGGGAAUACCAGGUGGUGGCCGACAAUCACGAUUCGCUCAUCCAGAACGAGGUGGGGAGCACUACGACGAGCAGCUUGGAAGAUCUGGACGGACCCGAGGCGCUGGGCAUGUCAAAUUUUGUGGGCAUUCUACUGAUCUGGGUUCUGGGCAUCUCUAUAGCUACGCUGGUUCUCGUGGCAGAACUUUUAAUGGGCAGAAAUGGCAGAUGCCAGAUGUUAGGUUGGAACGGUCGCAAGUAG